AUGUCGUGGUGGCAGCGUGCUCCUCCACGUGCUCCCGUGCGGCGGGGGCGGCGACGGCGUGCUCCCAUGUGGCGGUGGCAUGCUCUUCAGCAGCCCGUUGGCGAAGGCGGCGUGCGGGUGAACGUUCCAAAAACCAAGAAGACCUACUGUAAGAACAAGGAAUGCAGGAAGCACACCCUGCACAAGGUUACCCAGUACAAGAAAGGUAAGGAUAGCCUUUCAGCUCAAGGGAAGCGUCGUUAUGACCGCAAACAGUCUGGAUAUGGUGGUCAGACAAAGCCUGUUUUCCACAAGAAGGCAAAAACAACAAAGAAGAUUGUGCUGAAGCUGCAGUGCCAGAGUUGCAAGCACUACUCUCAACACGCGAUCAAGGUCCUUACCACCAUGCUUUGUUAUUUUGUGUCCUCAUCUGUAUUUUAUUCUGGCGAAGUAUGUGAAGCUAACUUUGUCCUCUAA